UCGCUGCUCUUCUUGUUUUGGCAGUUUUGUUUCGGUAUACACGGAUUGAGGCGUGUGAAUCCUGGUUGUCCGCAGCGAGGCUGAGAUGGUACUGACUGGCCAGUGAGUGUGUGUGUGUGGACUAACCCAGGAAACUGGUAAGUGGGAGAUUCACAAUGGCAGACGGAAGCAGCGAUGAUGAAGUCAUUCACCUGGCAAGCUUCAACGUCCACCGUAGCCAAGGCUCCCGUUCUCGUCAGAGAGAGCUUAUCACCAUCUCUGAUGACUCAGAUGAAGAGCCUGUGACUCUGAUACCUGGCAGUCCUGUUUUAGUCCCGGAUGAUGCAGAUGACGACAUCAGCAUUUUGGAGCGAGUGACUCCUGCACGCAAACACGUGAUUCGCCCGGCAAAACUGAACGGGGGCUCAAACAACCUCAUUGAAGUUGUCGGUCGAAGUAGCGCAAAUUCCAGUAAUUCCACAGGGGACCCCAGCUCUGCCCCCUCUACCUCCAGGGAUGCCAAGGCCGCCAAGGCCCACCAGCCAGCCAUAAGGACACCUGAACGGCCUGAACGGCCAAGCACAUCCGGACACACACAGCCGCAGCCACAGCCCGGCCCUUCUUCACACACACUGUCUCAGCCGAAGGGCUCACAGCAAGAUGGUACGUCAGCACAUAAAAAUGUGGAGCUCCAUGCACUUUGUUCUGCCCACGCCCCGUCUACCUCCACAAAUGCCAAGGCUUGCACGGACGCAUCCAGAGCCCCGGGACGAGGACCUUUCCAGCCUCGGCCCAGCACGUCUGGACUCUCGCAGCCGCCUUUCGGCUCUUCAGGACAAUUAGCGAUGGAGCACCGAGCGACUGCUUCCGCCGGCGUCUCGCACCGGACGUGUCCGGCUGCUGCGUCCGGCUGCUCUACAGAGACUCAGCAACGGGCGAGCGCGAGUAGUGCCACACAGGACAAUCCUCAGGCCAGUACUUCAUCUGCACAUUCUCAGUCUCUCACACGGACACAGCCUCAGCCUGGGAGAUCGACACAGUCUCAGGCGAGUGGAGUCGCACACCUGCAGUUUCCCGUCAGGAUAAAGUCAGAGGUUGUUCCACAGCAGCCGAGCAACCAGGCCUCUGCUCUCAUCACCCAGCCGCAGCUUCAGCCGGCGUUCGGGCCGCAGAUACUGCUGCAGGCCGUGACGCUCAAUCCCAUGCAGGGGAAUCUCAUCCAGAUUGAGCCGCAGCCGCUGGCUCAGGCGCCUGCCCAGGCUGCGGCCCAGCUCCCACAAGCCCCUCAGGCCAUACAGGGGGUUCCCGCCACAGUUCUAAUAGCCGCUGCCCCCGAGAGACUCGGCCCUCCCGAGACAGGCCACCGCAUCAUCCUGGGGAGCCAGGCCCCCGGGGGCGCCGUCCCCAACACUCCAUCGCACGCCGGUCCCUCCAAUGCGGCCCCUCAAGCCAGCGCCCUCAGUUUGAGGGCGGUAAAUGUGAACUUCAGCGCCCUAGCCCCGUCAGGUCCCGCGGCAUUAGCCCCCCACAACGGGGAACCGGCUCGCAUCAUCCUGGCCGCCAGCGCCGAGAGAGGUAACCCAGCCCCCGCUCUGGUGGCGGUCCCCCCUGCACCCGAGGAAAUUCCCCAAAUAGAGGACGCGAGACCUGGACCCUCGGCACCGCGAGAGAGACUGGAGCAGCCCCUCGUUCGGUCCCUGAUCACCGGUGUUAUGGAUCUCUUCCCUGAUGUCCAGGAAGCCUAUGUAGCAGAACUGAUCCAAAAGAAUAAUGUGAAAGACUUGAAUGUUAUCUGUAACCUGCUGUUAGAGAAUCCAGAGUUUCCAAGAAGGGAGACGGCAGCAGCCACAGCAGCUCCCACCAGCAUCCUCCUGGAGUCCGGAGACGCCCAGACAGAGGUGACGGAAGACUUGUUCGACUAUAGCAAGCUGAGCAGCAUGGGACCUGAAGUUGUGAUGCAGGCCGCCGACUUGCUCAUGGCAGACUUCAGGAUGCUCAGCUGUCAGGACAUCAAAUGGGCCCUCAACACCCUGAAGGGACACUAUGCAAUCACACGCAAGGCCUUAUGUGAAGCUCUGAAGAAGUGGCAGGAAUCAGGUGAUCCACUGGGGAAGAGACGGCGGAGCAGGACCUCCUCAGAAAGAUGCUACAUAGAUUUUUAUUUUGAGCACGGUUCGGUCAAAGUGGAGCGGAGGAUGUAUUUCUUGGAGAACGACCGUCGUUACUGCAGGACGUACAGCAACCUGGAGGCUUCUGUGCAGAAAGAGCUGUCGUUCUAUCAGCAGAAGGCCAAGGAAUGGGCAGAGCAUGAGGACUUCCUUCUUGCACUGCAGGUCAAUGAGGACGAAUAUAAGAAGGACGGUCAGCUGAUCGAGUGCGGCUGCUGCUACGGGGAGUUCGCGUUCGAGAAGAUGACGCAGUGUUCGGACGGUCACCUCUUCUGCAAAGAGUGCCUGGUUAAAUACGCUCAGGAGGCGGUGUUUGGCUCUGGGAAGUCGGAGCUGAGCUGCAUGGAGGGCGGCUGCCUCUGCUCCUACCCCGUGUGCGAGCUGGAGAAGGUCCUGCCAGAAAACAUACUGUGUAAAUACUACGAGAGGCAGGCGGAGGAGGCCGUCGCCGCCACCUGCGCCGACGAGCUCGUGAGGUGUCCGUUUUGCAACUUCCCAGCCUUGCUGGACAAAGACAUGUCUCUGUUCAGCUGCCCCAACCCACGGUGCCGCAAGGAGAGCUGUCGAAAGUGUCACGUCCAGUGGAAACUGCACGUGGGGAAGACGUGUGAGCAGGUCCUGGAGAGGGACGAGAUCCGCAUGAGGGUGCUCUUCGAGGAGCGCAUGACGGCCGCCCGGGUGAGGAAGUGCGUGAAGUGCGCGACGGGCCUGGUCAAGUCGGAGGGCUGCAACCGGAUGUCGUGCCGCUGCGGCAGCUACAUGUGCUACCUGUGCCGAGAGCCCAUCACCGGCUACAACCACUUCUGCCAGCACGCGCGCUCGCCCGGCGCCCCCUGCCGCCACUGCCGCAAGUGCUCCCUGUGGACCGAUCCCACGCAAGACGACGAGCGAAUCAUCCAGGAGAUUCAGAAGGAAGGUGAAGCGGAGCUGAACAAGAAGAGCGCAGAUAAUUCAGGGAAGAGGGUGGGCCCGCCGCCGGAGCCCAUCACAAACGCCAAGCGGCCGCGCGUCGGCCCGCCCCCAGAGAACCCGGCCAACCCCCCGGCGCACCCGCACCCCCACCCGCACCCGCAGGCGGUGCAAGCCCCGCUCUUCGUCCCCCCGCGCGCCCACUACGCCCCGGCCCCGGCGCCAGUGCCGCCGCCCCCCCAGGGCCGCAUGUACCAGGUACUGAUCCCGCGGCUACGCCCGGCGCCGUACGUGCCGCCGCUGCAGCACCUGCCCCCCCUGAACAACAACAACAACAACAACAACCAGCCGCACCACAACCCUCACAACAACCACCAACAACACAACCUCGACCACAACAACCCGCCCUUCAACCACCACCACCAGAUGGACCUGCCCAUGCACUACGGACCGCCGCACCGCUACUACCGGCGCUUCUAGUGCCCCCCCCCCCCCCCCCCCCCCCCCCCGACCCGCAGCGUGUGUGUGUGACAUCCAACAACUCGGAACUUUCCUGUUUUUGCCGAAAUAAGUGCAUUUAUAGAGGAAAAGAAAAACAAGACGCGUUCCAAUACUUUGCCUUCUUCCCACCAAAAAAAAAAAACAAACGAAAAAAAAACUGGGACUUCACGAGUUAUACCACGGCGGCGGC